CUUCCGGUUCCGGGGAAGGGUCAAGUUUUCUUGGCCACUUAGGGGCUCUCGGAUCCAGGAUGGCUGUCGUGCAGCUUCUGUUGUUGGGUGGUUUUUGGAGCGCUGUGGGAGCGUCCAGUAUGGCUGUCGUUACUUGCGGCUCCGUGGUGAAGCUUCUCAAUACGCGCCAUAACGUCCGACUGCACUCUCAUGACGUGCGCUAUGGGUCAGGUAGUGGCCAACAGUCAGUGACAGGUGUAACCUCUGUGGAUGACAGCAACAGUUACUGGAGGAUUCGGGGAAAGACUGCUACAGUGUGUGAAAGGGGGACUCCCAUCAAAUGUGGCCAGCCCAUUCGGCUGACACACGUCAACACUGGCCGAAACCUCCAUAGCCACCAUUUCACUUCACCUCUUUCCGGAAACCAGGAAGUGAGUGCUUUUGGUGAGGAAGGUGAAGGUGAUUAUCUGGAUGACUGGACAGUGCUCUGUAAUGGACCCUAUUGGGUGAGAGAUGGUGAAGUACGGUUCAAACAUUCUUCUACUGAUGUACUCCUGUCUGUCACAGGAGAACAAUACGGUCGACCCAUCAGUGGACAAAAAGAGGUACAUGGCAUGGCCCAGCCAAGUCAGAACAACUACUGGAAGGCCAUGGAAGGCAUCUUCAUGAAGCCCAGUGAGUUCUUGAAGGUGGAAGUCCAUCACGGAGAGCUGUGACUCUAGAUCCUCUAAGCCACUGUCACCAUACAGUGUUUGCAGACAUCUGUUGCUGCUUCACCCUGGGAUCCCUGUUCCAAGUUCUCUGAGCAAUGGCCAGAUCCCCACUGAAAUGAAGAGGCACAAUAGAAAACACUGGUUGUGUUUGGAACCUGCAGCCCUUUACACUUGAAUGGUUGCUCUCCCAGAUUUGGGUCAGUUCUGAGUAGAGGCUCUGCUUGUGAAGGCAUAGAUGCUUUUUAUUCAUACUGAUAAAGCGAACUAAAGGAGUUUCCUGCUUAGCUGGGAAAUUUUACUGCUCAGGAGCCCAGCAUCAUGGAUUGUUAACAUGUGUGACUUUACCCCUAUUUUUCCUUCUCCAAAAUGAUAAAGAAAAAAAAGAAUUUUA